ACAUAUUGUCUCAGUCUUCCUCACCCAUUCUCAGUUCUCUCUUCCCCUCUGUCUCUAAGCUUCUCGCUGCUGUCUCCUUGCUCUGUUGUUGCUGUCUAGAGAUUUGUCUCGUUGCUGUUCUCUUGCUCUGUUGUUGCUGUCUAGAGAUUUGUCUCUUUCUCUCUCCGCCAAUACUCGUCCGACCAUGAGUUCUAUUGCGGCGAAACCUGUCUGCGCAAUCCCACUGGACAAGCGUAAGGCUAAGGGUAAGGCCGUUCUCUGCAAGAAAGGCGUUGAAUUGAAGCAGAUGCGCAAUAUUCUGGGCCCUAUGUCGCGCAUCAAGAUAGGGCCUCUCAGAUAUCACCAAUGCCAACCGGUCAAUGCCAAAAAAUUUCCAGCAAAUGUAAAUAGCGAUGUAAAUGAUGAUGCUAAUGUUCCCAUGGAAGCCUACGAGUACGCUGACGAUAUAUGCGCCUUCUACAAAUCGAAAGAGAAAUCUAUGUGCAUAAAACCAAAUUUAAUUGCUAGACUGAAGCACGGCUUCAUGUUUUGUGGAGUGGUUGAUUGAGGUAAC